UGUCUUGGAGUUGAGUCGUGACUGCAUCUCUGCGGUCGCUGAAUCUCGGACGUCUAGCCUGCGUCGACCCCUCAAGGAGAAUAACUACCAUGGCUUCCAGUGCUCUGACGAAACCCCAGAUGCGUGGCCUUCUGGCCAAGCGUCUGCGAUUUCAUAUUGUUGGAGCAUUCGUUGUAUCCCUGGGGGUUGCAGCUUUCUAUAAGUUUGCUGUGGCUGAACCAAGAAAGAAGGCAUAUGCAGAUUUCUACAGGAAUUAUGAUUCCAUGAAAGAUUUUGAGGAGAUGAGGAAGGCUGGUAUUUUUCAGAGUGCAAAGUGAUUUUGGAAUGUAAAGAAUCUCUUUGGGUUGAGUUCCAUGGAAGUUUGUCACUCACUGACCUGUGUUCCUGAACUAUGAAACGUGAAUAUUUGGGCUAAGGAAUAGUUUCUCUUGAUAAAUAAAUAAGAAAUACAUGGACA